AUGGCAACAGCUUUUGGGCAACAGGUGAGCGAAUGUUGAUGGCCGUUUGGCUUUUGAUUUUGGUGGAGAAACGGAGGAAGACUGUUAAGAAGUAAUGGCAGAAGAUGGAAAAGGUGCUCCGACGACACGCAAUGUUGGUCCUUUAAGUCCCGAGCAAGAAGAAAAACUGAAAGAGUUUAAGAUGCAGACAAGACUUGACAACGAGAGGUAUCUGAGAGCGCAUCCAGAGGUGGAUGAAAUUAUUGGCGAGUUUCUGAGACAAUUGCUGGUUAAAAGGCCGUCAGACAUUGAGGAAUUUGCUGCAGAUCACUUUUCUUCCCUAAAUGAUCCUUCUGGCUCCAGAAUAACAGGAAACAAUGAUGAGGAUUGAAAGCUCCAAUAUCAUCUACCUUGAUCCUUCUGGAGAGACACAUCAGUAACAACCCAACCACCCCCCUCCCACCCCCAAA